AAUCUCUGCUCCUCUUCCACUCUCAGACAUCCUCAGACCCAAAAACUGCAGCGAGAGAUGAUGCAAUCCCGCUUCAGUUCCCUAGCUUGCGCCCUCAAAUCCUCCAUCCAAAAGCGGAGACAUUUCUCUUCCGCCGUCGAGACCCCCAACAACCCCGAAUUCCCCAGAACCUUGGCGGGUCUCCGGGCCCGUCUGGCCUCCGAAUCUCCGGUUCUUUCCGAUUUCAUUGGCCUCCAGGAUACCAACCAGUAUUCUGUGGAAGUUGGGACCAAGAAGAAACUCCUUCCGAAACCCAAAUGGAUGAAGGAAUCGGUCCCUGGUGGCGAGAAAUACGUUCAGAUUAAGAAGAAGCUGAGGGACUUGAAGCUGCAUACUGUGUGCGAGGAGGCGAGAUGUCCCAAUCUGGGCGAAUGCUGGUCCGGUGGCGAGACGGGGACGGCCACUGCCACCGUAAUGAUCUUGGGUGAUACUUGUACUCGGGGUUGCAGGUUCUGUAAUGUGAAGACAUCUCGGACACCUCCUCCACCAGAUCCAAAUGAACCAGAAAAUGUUGCUGAGGCAAUUGCUUCCUGGGGUUUGGAUUAUGUUGUGAUUACCAGUGUGGACCGGGAUGAUUUGCCUGAUCAAGGGAGUGGUCAUUUUGCAGAGACUGUGCAGAAGUUGAAGGCACUGAAACCAAAUAUGUUGAUAGAAGCGUUGGUUCCUGAUUUUCAAGCAGACUCUGGCUGUGUAGAGAAAGUUGCAAAAUCUGGACUAGAUGUAUUUGCUCACAAUAUUGAGACAGUUGAAGAACUUCAAAGUGUUGUUCGUGAUCACCGUGCAAAUUUUAAACCAUCUUUGGAUGUCCUAAUAAUGGCCAAAGAUUAUGCUCCUACUGGGACACUUACCAAGACUUCUAUAAUGUUAGGGUGUGGGGAAACACCUGAUCAAGUUGUGAAGACAAUGGAGAAGGUUAGAGCAGCAGGUGUUGAUGUGAUGACUUUUGGUCAAUACAUGAGACCAUCAAAGCGUCACAUGCCAGUGUCAGAAUACAUUACUCCCGAGGCUUUUGAGAAGUAUCAAGCUCUUGGCAUGGAAAUGGGGUUUCGAUAUGUGGCAUCUGGUCCCAUGGUCAGGUCAUCAUACAAGGCUGGGGAAUUCUAUAUCAAAUCCAUGAUAGAAUCUGAUCGUGCAGCUUCCUCUUCUUAGCUUCCCACAAAAUAAUCCGGGGGAUAUUGUCUGAAUGAUCAUGACUCAUCAUCAGCUCAAUAUGCCUCGGCAAAUUGCAAGGCAAAUAGUUAGAGAAGAUAUUUGCUUGUGGCCACCCAUGUUUUUGACCCCUCCUGUUUCAUUCCAAUUGUAUAAUUGAAUUUGUUGUAAUUAUCAGCUACUAUUACCUUCUUUUUCCUGGUGGUUUUCCAUGUAUAACUUCAGCUCUAGAGCAUGAAGAUACUAACCAAUGCAUUCUGAAAAGCUUAUACCCAUUUCCAUACAUGUGGUCUGAACAAACUGCACUUCUUCGCAUACGUUGAGGGUCCAUUGAUGAGAAGGGACCGGGGAGAGCAUGAACCCAAUUAUUACGGUGAUUAAUGUAAGCGCAAUUGAAAUUCUUAAG